UGAUUUGCCUAAGCCCCUUAAAAAAAGAACCAUUUCCGCAGAGCGACUCAGAUUUUUAGCUCUUCGUGCAGAGCCCAUUUGCUCUUGCGCUGUCUCUCUCUCUCUCUCUCUCUCUCUAAGCAGUUAAAAUGCAUUUCUAGAGAAAUUUUUUUACAGUUUGUACCUAUACAGACACAAAGAAAAAUCUCUUCUCGUGUUUUCGUGACAGAUCAAGAGUUUUUUUUCGAUUUUUUGUAUGAUGAUGAUUCUGAACAGUUGCUCUCAAAAACCCUAGUUUUUGAAAAAUGGAGUUCGUGGGGAGGACCGUGGGGAAGAAAUUCAAAGGGUCCGAGGCAUGCGCAGGAGUCGUGAAUUCCUACGACCCCUCAACUGGGUCCUUGGAAGUUGUAUACGAAGAUGGCGAUUCUGAGUAUUUAGAGUUCUCCGAGGUUGCUUUGCUCUUGGAGCUAGAGGCCACCAAGAAGCCUUGUAGGGUCGGCCGGAAGCCUAGUAAACGUCGUCGUUCUGGAAUUCGUGGCGAUUCAGGUAACAGUUGUGCUAAUUUGAUGAGUGAUAGUUGUUUGACGGAAGUGAUUCUGGGUCAGGGUGGGGUGAAUCAAAAGGGGAUUUUUGAAAUACUUGAGAAUGGAUGUGGGGUUGGUGAUAAUUUAAAAGAAACUCUUCCUGUCAAUGGGAAUUUGGGUAAUGGGUUGAAUUUGAAUGAUGGGUUGGAUUUGAAUGAUGGUUUUAAUUUAAAUGAUGGGUUUGAUUUAAAUGUUAAUGGUGAAGAACAUUUGAAGAAAACUGCAUGUAUUGAUCUAAAUAUGGAUGCAAAUGGUGACGUAGAAGAGAAUGUAAAAGAGGGUGAUCAGGGGGUUUCUGUUGUGGGAACCCAGAAGAGAAAGCAUUGUUUUGAUUUGAAUUUGGGUUUAGAUGGGGAGAUCAAGAAUUCAGAUGUUGACUGUGAAGUACAAUUGAAAGAGAACACUUCAUUUCAUGUAGUUGAAGAAACCCAAAAGCAGGAGAUGAGUAGAGAUGUUGAGGAAGAUCGAAUGAAAGGUGAUAGCAAAAAUGAGCUGGAAGCUUGUUUUGAAUUUAGUGGAGGUACUCAAAUGGAGGCUAUUGGUAGGUCUGUUGAGAAUGUAGUGAGAGAUUCAUUUUUAGGGUUGAUGGAAGAAGUUCAAAAGGAAAAUGGUGUUAGUGGAGGGUUAGAAGGAGGUGAUAGUUCUGGACCUAUGGAUGCCAAGGAUUUUAGGUCUUCUGAAGUUCAACUGAACGAGGGACUUCAUGACACUUGCUCUUCGCUAGAUCAUGUUUAUCAAGGCAAUUCUGGAAGCACAUGCAAAGAAAGAAAGAGAAGAAAGAGAAGGAAACUUUCAGAUAAUGUUAAUUCUGCUACAGAAACUGUGUUGAGGAGAAGCAGACGCAGACUAGCUGAAGAGAGAACCAAGAAGAGGGAACAUUGUUUUGAUUUGAAUUUGGGCUUGGACGAGGAGUUCAAGAAUUCAGAUGCUGAUCAUGUAGUUGAAAACACCCAAAACCAGGAGACAGGUGGAGUUGUUGAGGACACUCAAAUGGAAGGUGAUGGGAAAAAUGGGGAGGGAGCUUGUUUUGAAGGUAGUGGAGGAACUCAAAUGGAGGCUAUAGAUUCAGGUGUAGGGUUGAUAGAAGUUCGAAAAGACAAUGGUGUUAGUGAAGGGUGGAAAGGUGGUGAUACUCCUGGAUCUAUGGAUGCUAAUGAUUUUAUGCCUUCGAAAGAUCAAAUUAAGGAGGGACUUCCUGACACUGGCACUCCACUACCUUAUGGUUAUCAAGGCAAUUCUGGAAGUACAUGCAAAGGAAAAAACAGAAGAGAGAAGAGGAAACUUUCAGAUAAUGUUUACUCUGCUACAGACACACUGUUGAGGAGAAGCAGUCGUAGAUUGGCAACCACUUUUUCUUCUCAAAAUCAUGUUUCUAGUGGAGCAAUGUUCUUUACAUACAAUGAGGCACAUGCAUCUCUUGCAGUUAGUGCAGUAUUGGAGGAACAACCUACAACCUCAGGUCGUGAAGAAUCCGAAGAAUACACUUUUCUUCCUUCAAAGCUGCAGUUACCCCCUUCUUCAGGAAACUUGAACUUAGAUGGGAUUCCCAUACUUGAUCUUUUCUCAGUUUAUGCUUGUUUGAGAUCAUUUAGUACAUUAUUAUUUUUGAGCCCCUUUGAGUUGGAGGAUUUUGUGGCAGCUGUGAGAGGCGAAGUUCCUAACUUAUUAUUUGAUUUCAUUCAUGUUUCUCUUUUGCAAACUCUGAGAAAGCAUUUGGAAUUUCUUUCUGAUGAAAAUUCCUUAUCUGCGUCUAGUUGCCUCAGGAGUGUUAACUGGGAUUUGCUGGAUUUGAUCACAUGGCCUGUCUUUAUGGCUGAGUAUCUGCUUACGCAUGGUUCUGGAUUGAAACCUGGUUUUGAUCUUUGUAAAUUGAAGCUAUUUGAGAGUGAUUAUUACAAACAACCAGCAGUAGUAAAAAUUGAGAUACUUCGUUGCCUCUGUGAUGAUGUGAUUGAAGUGGAAGCCAUAAGGUCAGAGAUUAACAGGAGAACACUGGCAACUGAACUGAAUAUGGAUAUUGAUCGGAGUAUGAGGGUUGAGACUUCUAAGAAAAGGACUUCAAUGGAUGUUUCUGGUGGUUCUUUCUUGACUGAGGAGGAGGUUGAUGUUGCCACAGACUGGAACAGUGAUGAAUGCUGCCUCUGUAAGAUGGAUGGGAGCUUAAUAUGUUGUGAUGGUUGCCCUGCAGCAUAUCAUUUGAAGUGUGUAGGAGUUGCUAAUAGUCUCUUGCCAGAGGGUGAUUGGUAUUGCCCUGAAUGUGUGAUUGACAAAGAUAAGCCCUGGCUGAAACUGGAAAAGUCACUUCGUGGGGCGGAGCUAUUGGGAGUUGAUCCUUAUGGACGACUAUAUUAUAGCAGCUGUGGCUACCUAUUAGUGUCUGAUUCAUGCGACAAUGAAUCCUCGUAUCACUAUUACCACAUAAAUGAUUUGACCUUUGUUAUUGAUGCGUUAAAGUCCUCAGAUACUUUUUUUAGCCCAAUAUUAGGUGCAAUCUCAAAGCAAUGGAAUAUAUGUAUUAAUUCUAAUGGAGCAAAAUGCGAUGUGGACUGCAAAGAUGCUACUGUAUGCUCAGAACUUGUGAACAGACAAAUGCUUUCUACUCCAGUGCUGCCGCUGCAUUUGGCACCUUCAGAAACAUUUGUUAGGGAUGAAAUCAUUGAUGAAAGGAAACCUGAAGAGAAUUCUAUAGCUGCUCAAUAUUCUGGUAAUACAGACUGUGAGGUUUCUUCAUUGGUACAUAACAAUUUAUUGACCGUGAAUAAUUCUGUGAAGAUAGGAAAUCCGUUGAAAAGUUGUGUAGUAUCAGCUGAAAUCUCACAAACUACAGGCAUUAAAAAAGGUGAUCGUAUAUCAUCCAUGAUGCUGACCAAAAGGGGUGAAAUAUCACAAGGGCAACUAGGAACCGGUUAUGUGAACUAUUAUAGUUUUGCUCGAACAGCUUCAUUGGUUGCGGAAGAGUUAACACGGAAAUCAUCAGAUAAGAGCACUGAUGGCUCUAUAAAAUCGGUUGAAGAUAUAAUUUCAGCACAGCUGAAGGCUAUAUCGAAGAAAUCUACCAAGUUUUCUUGGCCAAACAUUCAGACCCUAAAUGCUGAUGCUAGGAAAGAAAAAUGUGGGUGGUGCUUCUCUUGUAAAGCACCUGAUGAUGACAAGAAUUGUUUUUUCAACAUGAAUGAUUCUGUUUUGGAAGGUUUUACAGGUGAGGUGGUUGGUAUUCGUUCAAAACGGAAUACGAAUUUCCAUCUUAUUGAUGUCAUGAGCUAUAUUCUUUGCAUUGAAGAUCGUUUGCAUGGUUUUCUGCUGGGUCCAUGGCUAAAUCCACACUAUACCAAACUUUGGCGUGACAGUGUUGUCAAGGCAUCUGAUGUUGCUUCGCUGAAACAUUUUUUGCUCAUGUUAGAGUCAAAUUUGCGUCGUCUUGCACUUUCAGCAGAGUGGCUAAAACAUGUGGAUUCUAAUGCUACAAUGGGGUCUGCUUCUCAUAUUGUGAUCAGUUCACAACGUGUGUCUUCAAAACAUGGGAUUGGCAGAAAACGUGCUCGGCUUUCGGAUUCAGAGCCCAAGCCUUCAUCAAAUGCUGCAACUGGCUUGGGUCUGUUUUGGUGGAGGGGUGGGAGGCUCUCACGUGAGCUGUUCAAUUGGAAGGUUUUGCCUCGCUCCAUGGCUUCAAAGGUUGCCCGUCAAGCUGGACGUACAAAGAUACCAGGCGUAUUAUAUUCUGACAGUUCAGAAUUUGCAAAGAGAAGUAAAUAUGUUGUCUGGCGAGCUGCUGUUGAGACAUCAAUAAGUGUGGAACAGCUUGCUCUCCAGGUUAGAGAGCUUGAUGCGAACAUUAGAUGGGAUGACAUCGAAAAUACUAAUAUUCUCUCAAAGAUGGACCAAUUUAGAAAAUCAGUCAGGCCAUUCAAGAAAGUUAUAAUCCGUCGGAAAAGCAUAGAAGGAACUGUGGUGAAAUAUCUUCUUGAUUUUGGCAAGAGAAGAAUUAUCCCUGAUAUUGUUGUGACUCAAGGAACCAAGGUGGAAGAAUCUUCUAGUGGAAGGAAGAAAUAUUGGUUGGAAGAAUCUCUUGUUCCCUUGUAUCUCUUGAAAUCUUUUGAAGAAAGGAGAAUAGCCCGCAAAUCUAACAAGACGAGUCCCAAGAAACUUCAAGGGAGUGGUAGAGUAACAAAGAAAACCUCAAAGAAGAGGGGAUUCUCAUACCUUUUUGCAAGAGCAGAAAGAUCUGAGAAUUAUCAGUGUGGGCACUGUAACAAAGAUGUUUUGAUCAGGGAAGCUGUGAGCUGCCAGUAUUGCAAAGGCUUUUUCCAUAAGAGACACGUGAAGAAGUCUGCUGGAGCUGUCACUGCUAGAUGUAAAUACACAUGCCACAAAUGCCAGGAUGGGGACCGUGUGAAGGUUGAAGCCAAGAAAGGGAAAUCUCAGUCACAGAAAAGUAAGAAAGCCUCCACUGUCUGCAGGGUAUUGCGCUCGAAAAUGAGUAAGAAACCCGCCAAAGAUCAAAAACCAUCACAGCAGCAGAAAAAUAGAAAAAUUGCUGUAGUUUUACCUCUGCGGCGUUCGGCUAGGAAAGCUAAAUGUGUGACACUGCAGAAUAAAAAAGUUGGAGGUCGCAAAAAAGGGAAAGGGAAAGGGAAGGCAAAUGGGAAAGCGAAACAAAUCAAACCCAGAAAGGAGAUAUCAAAGAAACCAAAGGAAGGUACUUGGAAGAAGAAAAGAACACCCGUGUAUCAUACUUACUGGUUGAGUGGUCUCCUGUUGUCUAGAAAACCAAAUGAUGAACGAGUUAUGCACUUCAGGAGUAAAAAACUUAUUGCCCCUUCUGAGCACAUUACUGCAAUCCAUGGUGAACCAAAAUGCAGUCUCUGUUGUGAACAGGAAUUUUCGUUGACGUUAAACUAUGUUGGUUGUGAAAUCUGUGGAGAUUGGUUUCAUGGAGAUGCUUUUGGGCUUGGAGUGGAAAACAUCGAUAAUCUCAUUGGAUUCAAGUGCCACAAGUGCCGUGAUAGGACCCCUCCUAUCUGCCCCCAUUUCCACCGAAAGACAAUUGACGAAGACGUAUUGGUUGAGUUAAAUAAUACGGCAGGGACUGAAUGUGCUGAGGAAGUCUCCAAUAUUGUUGCACUUCCAACUGAGUAUGUUGUUUUCAUGAUGAAUCAAAAAAGCUCUCGUUGGAAAGGAGAAGCAAUUCAAAUUCCCAGUGAGGCAUUUAGACCAGACUUAUCAAUGGAAUCCAAUGAGCAUGUUUCGUUGGUAGAAAAUACGACUGAUUUGGGCACAGAACACAUUGGAGCUGUGACAACUUUUUUUGAAACAGAAUUCCCAUUGCCCAAGUCUGAUGUUGAUGUCAGAGACACAGAAAUGGUAUCAGUGGGGCAUGAGAUUGCAGAGAAUGAUUCAGCCUUAACAAUGGAAUCCAAUGAGCAUGUUUUGUUGGUAGAAAAUACGACUGAUAUGAGCACAGAACACAUUGGAGUUGUGACUUGUGUUGAAGCAGAAUUUCCAUCGUCCAAGUCUGAUGUUGAUGCUAUAGACACAGAAUCGGUAUCAAUGGUGCCUGACAAUGUGGAGACUGAUUUGGCUGAAACAACCAGUUUAGGGUCACUAGCACAUAAAACUCUUGCUGACUCAUCUGAAGUGCCUCCUCAAGAAUUGUGGCAUCUGGUGAAAUAG